AUAGCUGCUCCACUGCUUCUGUCUAUUUAACAACAGCUGUGGAGCGUGUGCCGUUAGCCUUUAGCAUUAAGCUUUUUUUUUUUUACUGUUAUUUUUUAGCUCUUUAGCUCAUUAUCGGUGCGGUGCUUGUAGUUUUAAUAGUGGCUCAUUAGUCGCGUAUUAGUCGAUCAAAGAUGACCGACUCGGUGAAGCUCUCCAAGAACGUGCUGCGCAUGAAGUUCAUGCAGCGAGGUCUGGACGCUGAGACCCGGAAGCAGCUGGAGGAGGACGAGAGGAGGAUCAUCAGUGAUGAGCAUUGGUUCCUGGACCUGCCAGAGCUCACGGCCAAAGAGAAUCUGAUUUUAGAAGAAAAGAGUUUUGUUCCAUGUGAAGACUUGUUUUACGGUCGAAUGUCCUUCAGAGGUUUUAAUCCAGAAGUGGAGAAACUCAUGGCUCUGAUGAAUCCAAAGACUGAGGAGGAGGACAGAGACGACGACACGAGUCGGAUGCAAACAGACGUCACCGAUGAAGAAAUGGCUCGAAGGUACGAGAGUUUAGUCGGAAGCAUGAAGAAGAAGUUUGCAAAGAAGCGCGAGAGGACGACGAUGGACGAGGACGACGUGAAUCAAAACGUCACGGAGACGAAGAGAAGUUUUAUGAAGCCGCAGGACUGAAGCGACGAAGCGUCACAGCAGCUGGAUGUUAUACAUCCUGGUUUUAUACGGAUCAAUGUACAGGUCCCUGGUUCACCUUUAAUAUUUGGACACAUGGGGACAAAAUAGAGACAGUCUUUAUUCUAAGCUAACAGCUAGCUUCAUACGUAAAGACAUGAGGAAUAAGUGUGAAGCUAAAAAGACGUCCUGAGCUCAUUGUUUCAUUUCCACGAAAUAAAUCAGGCCGUGAUUUAAAGCCA